AUGGUCAGGGCAGGAAGGCAAAAGGUCAGAACGGGCUGCUAUACAUGCAAGAUCCGCAAAGUAAAAUGUGACGAGACCAAACCGAGCUGCCUCCGCUGCACCAAGACAGGCCGCAGGUGUGAUGGCUAUCCAGCCGCUCCGUUGCAUUCGCAGUCAUGGCAGGAGCUCUUGGCCAAACGGCCCAUCAUCCCGGCCAUGACGCAUCGUCACAACUCCCAGGAGGGCCGCGCCCUCGAGUUCUACCGGUGCGUGCUCGCGCCCACCUUCUCCGGCUCCCUAGACGACGACUUCUGGACCCACGUGGUCAGCCGUGCUAGCUACCAGAAUCCCGUCGUCCGCCAUGCCGUCGUUGCCAUCAGUUCCAUCUGCGAGCUCAUCGGCGACCCCAGCGUCAAGGGGCAAGCCCUCGUCAAGUUCCCAAAGGGUCGAUAUGCCAUCGGCCACUAUAACCGCGCCCUCCAGGAUAUAUCCAAGACGGACGAUGAGGCCAUGGUCAUCUUUGUUUGUAUUUUGUUCGUCUGUAUAGAAAUCCUUCAGGGCAACCGUGAGGCGGCCAUCUCUCACUGCCAUCAUGGCGUCCAGAUCCUUAACCAGCUGAACGGGGGCAAGAGCAAAGUAAACUCGUCAAGUUCCAUCUUGUCGCGGGACCAGCUUCUAAACCCCUUUGCCCGUCUGAGCAUCUUCCCCUUCUUCUAUGGCAGCACAGUGGACGUCUUCCCCAACCUUCUCCGGCACGGGUCCGAGGCGCCAGAGUCAGACGGUACCUACGGCUCCUCCUCCGCCGCCAUUUCGGCGUCCGACAGCGCCCUAACGGUGCUCGACGAGCUACGCUCUGGUCUCGACCUCCUUGUCGCGCGAGCCAUGCGCUUCCUCCGCUCCGCCGACCUCUACCGGAUCGGGCCUUCGCGGCACGUGCCCGUCCCCUCUCACAUCCUGACCGAGCAGGCCAAUCUGACCAAAUCGAUUGAUGACUGGCUGGUCCGCUUCACCAUUUUCAGCGCAGUGCACUCGCCCACCGAGGACGCGGCGGGCUUGUUCUACCAGAUGCGCAUGAAGAGCUAUAUCACCAAGAUCUGGAUUGCCACGGCGCUCGACCGCACCGAGAUGGUGUACGACCGGUUUGUGCCCCUGUUCCGCGAGAUCGUUGAUAUGGCCGGCCGCUAUCUGGUCGCCGAGAAGAGCCGACCGCGAGGACCGUCACCACCUCGGGCAACUACUACUGCCACCGAAGAGGAUAGUGGUCCCGCAUCCCCGACCAACGCCAACGCCCAGAAACCCCGUUUUGUCUAUGAAAUGGCUUACCUCCCUAUGCUCUAUUUCGUUGUCAUGCGCUGCCGGCACCUCGAGACCCGCGUGACUGCUUUAGAGCACAUGACCACCCUAUCAGCGUUGCACCAAGGACUCUGGGACUCAACACUAACCUUUUGCAUCGGCUGGCGACUCAUUGAAAUCGAGCACGGCGCUGACCGGGAGACACUCUUGCUAGCCAUGGCUCAGGCAAAGAGUUUUGGGCAGUCCAUGUCCCGUACUUAUUCUCGUCUAGCACCAGAUUCCAAUUCGUUGGUGGGGAGGAUGAUGCCCGGGACGACACCGAUGCCCCCCGACAGGAUGAGACUAAGGGAGUGUGUGAUUACAGGUGAUCAUACCGUGGAACAAAAGGAUAGCCCGGGCUCGGGCUUGAGGACGGGGUAUAGAAGGGUCAUUUUUCAUGUGUGGAAGCCGGAGCGUGAGGGCGGGGUGGGCACGUUUGAGGAGUGGGUGCCGAUUUCGGAGCCGCCGCCAAUGAGGGAUAUGUGUUAUGACUAUGAGUUUGCGCAGGCGGCGGCGGCGGCGGGGACGGAGGGGAAUGAGUUAGUUGAGGUCAAGUUGGAGCCUAGCUUUGGUUUGAGCUUUGUUGAGGCAAAGCCCAAUUUCGGCUCUUAUUAUGUUGAUUCGAGAGGGGACCAUGAUCUACCGACUAGAACUAUGCCCCCGGUUUAUGAUGGCUUGAGGUUGGAGGCUGUGGUGUAG